AUCACAGUCGCUCAUCUCUCCUCCAUUACUCGGUCCUCUUAGUUUCCACUUCUUCUGAGUCUUCUCUCUCAUUCCCCUGCAACUAUAAAGCGUCCUAUUCCAAGAACGACAUCGCAUCGGGAGCCAUGAACGGAAUUGAGCUCGUGGCGAGCUGGUUUACGCCUACUGUUCUUUUCUGCGUUCUGAAUCUAAUGAUCGGCACCAUAUUCAUUACGUCCAGCCUCAAGCCUCCCAAGCAGCAAGAAAAGCUCGCCGGCCACGACGCCGAGCAGUGCGACCCCGUCCACUACGCCGUCGAGGGUCAUCAACAGCACAAGCAACAAGAAAAGAUCGGAGGCCACGACGACGACGAACAGCCGCCGCAGCUCGUCCGGGUUCCGUCCUUCUUCGAACGGGUCAAGUCCAUUAACCUCUCCAGGUACAGGGCCGAGCAGUCCGACCCGGUCCACCACGCCGUCCCAGCUCAAGAACAAGAGGCUCAUCAGCAGGACCCUGAGUACGAAACUGAAGAGCCCCAUCAUGUGACGAGGAGCAAGUCUGAUACGGCGACACAGGCAUCGGCGACGGCGGCAUUGAGGGUGUUGAAGAAGUGCGCGAGUGAGAAGGUGGGCAAGGGAGAGGAGGAGGUGGAGGAGGAUCCACGGAGGCCGGCGACUACGAGGGAGAGGACGGCGGCGUCGGGCGGGGAAGAUGAGGCGGUGGACGCGAAGGCGGAUGAUUUUAUCAACAGGUUUAGGCAGCAGUUGAAGCUGCAGAGGCUGGACUCCAUUUUGAGGUAUAGGGAAAUGCUGAACAGAGGGACGGGGAGGUGAAGAGGAGCAGGAUGCAGGAACAGGGAGGGGAAACCCCCCUCGUUUGUAGUUGACGAAAAUGCCCUCCGGGGUGUAUUGGUCCUUUCACCUUCAGGGUACAGUACAACAUUGCAUAAAAUAAGAUGUCAUGCAUUUCUUUCACAAACAUUUUUAUUUGUAGCAAGUUCGUUAUUGCU